UUUGGGAUUGUUAUUGGUGAAUCUGUAGCCAUAUUUUGAUUAUUGUUUCCUUAUUAAUGUCAUUUGGAGCCAAAUUGCAAAAUUUGGAUUUGAUUGAAGGCCUGAGAUCUGAUCACCAAGAAAUAUCAAAUUGUUUCUUUUUACUGUUAAUGGGAUCAAAAAGAUUCAAUCUUUAUACUGCGUUUCAUAGAAGAGAGGUGGUAAUAAGGACCUGAAGAUUAAUAGGACUAGUUGUUUUUGAUGGGGAAUACAUGUGUAGGACCAAAUCUAGGCAAUAAGGGAUUCUUAAAUAGUGUUACUGCUGCGAUAUGGCGUUCCCGGCCACCAGAGGACAGGUUGCCUCCUCCUAAAGGAGGAGAUGGUAGCAAUAAUAAUGGUGACUCAAAUGCGGGUCUGAUUGGUGGAUCAAAAAAAUCUGAGGGUUCUAGAAAAGGAUCAACUGAUGAUCAUCCAUCAAUGCCGGUCCAGAACACCCCACCUGAACCAGUUAAAAUGCUCAAUGAGGCGCCGCCACCACCUAAAGUCAUUGAGCACGAAAGAUCCAUUAAGCCGGAAAUGAGAGAUGUGGGGAUUGGUAAGCCUGGGGAGGAGCAGAAGGAGAAGAAACCUACUCAUGUUAAGAGGGUUUCGAGUAUAGCGCUUCAAAUGGAAUCCGUGUUGGGGAGGAAAACUGGGAAUUUAAAAGAUAUUUAUAGUUUAGGGAGGAAGCUUGGACAAGGGCAAUUUGGGACGACGUUUCUUUGUGUUGAGAAGGCUACUGGAAAAGAGUUUGCUUGCAAAACCAUUGCAAAGAGGAAGUUGACGACACCGGAGGAUGUGGAGGAUGUCAGGAGGGAGAUUCAGAUAAUGCAUCAUUUGGAGGGUCAUCCUAAUGUGAUAAGAAUUGUGGAUGCUUAUGAGGAUGCUGUUGCAGUCCAUGUUGUUAUGGAACUUUGUUCAGGCGGGGAGCUUUUCGACAGAAUUGUUCAGAGGGGACAUUAUACAGAAAAAAAGGCGGCUGAGCUUGCGAGAUUAAUUGUUGGUGUUGUCGAAGCAUGCCAUUCUUUGGGAGUAAUGCACCGGGAUUUGAAGCCUGAGAAUUUUCUGUUUGUCAGUCAGGAAGAGGAUUCGCCACUUAAAACAAUAGACUUUGGCCUCUCAGUGUUUUUCAGGCCAGGUGAAACUUUCACUGACGUAGUUGGCAGCCCCUACUAUGUAGCUCCAGACGUGUUGCGGAAGUUAUACGGUCCAAAAUGUGAUGUUUGGAGUGCUGGAGUGAUCAUCUAUAUUUUGUUAAGUGGGGUACCGCCAUUUUGGGAUGAAUCAGAGCAAGGAAUAUUUGAGCAGGUUUUGAAAGGGGAACUAGACUUUGAAUCAGAACCUUGGCCUAAUAUAUCUGAAAGUGCAAAAGAUCUUGUUCGAAAAAUGCUAGUAAGGGACCCUAAAAAACGGCUGACAGCCCAUGAAGUUCUCUGCCACCCUUGGGUGAAGAUGGAAGGUGUAGCACUUGAUAGACCUCUUGAUCCAGCUGUCCUAAGUCGGUUGAAGAAAUUCUCAGCCAUGAAUAAGCUCAAGAAAAUUGCCAUUCGAGUCAUUGCUGAAAGCCUCUCUGAAGAGGAAAUUGCAGGUCUGAAAGAAAUGUUCAAGAUGAUAGACACAGACAGUAGUGGACAUAUAACUCUUGAGGAACUGAAGACUGGUUUGGAAAAAGUGGGUGCUAAUAUCAAGGAUUCUGAACUUGCUGGCCUAAUGCAAGCUGCUGAUGUUGACAACAGUGGUACCAUAGACUAUGGCGAGUUCAUAGCAGCUAUGCUCCAUCUGAACAAGAUUGUGAAGGAGGAUCAUCUCUAUUCAGCCUUCUCAUACUUUGACAAAGGUGGGAGUGGAUACAUUACUCAAGAUGAGCUCCAACAGGCCUGUGAGCAGUUUGGUUUAGGAGAUGUUCAGUUAGAAGAAAUUAUACGCGAGGUUGACCAGGAUAAUGAUGGGCGCAUCGAUUAUAGUGAAUUUGUGGCAAUGAUGCAAGACACUGGUUUUAGCCAGACAAGAUCACAAAUAACUUAGAUGUAAGAUUCCGACAAGCCUUUAAGCCGUAGGAGUUAAUUUGUAUUUUCUAGGUGUCAUAAGUUAACAGAAUGUGCAGUGCAUACUGUUGUAAAGAGGAAACAGGCUUCAGGAAGGUUACAAGAGUUGAGUAUCCUUCCAGGUUGUAUUUACCACCUUUUAGGUUUCUGUUAAAUGUAUUCAGUUGGAUUAGAUUGCAAUUCCCAAGUUUGAAAACUUUGUUCAUGAUUUACCUUCGUUUUCUUCUGUUGAAUCUUUUUUUUUUU